AUGGUGCUCAUUGCCUUAAUAGAGCUUGGAGCGACAAGGCUCGAUUUUUUAGCUAAGCAAGUUUUUCUGGUUUCUCUCAUUCGGGUGCUAGUUGAUUCAAUAUAUUUCUCAAGUUUGAGAGAGAAAGGACAUGUCCACUGUGUCGCAUGUGAUAUAUAUAUACGCUCCCUCAAACUUUCAGGUUCCUUAUCACCCCAUGUUGGUAAUUUGAGCUUCUUAAGGAAGUUGUUGCUUGAAAAUAAUAGCUUCACCAAUGAGAUCCCACCUCAAAUUGGCCAUUUACGUAGGCUGCAAAUGUUGUCUCUUUAUAACAAUUCAUCUGAUGCUCAAAUUCCUCGCAGCAUCUCUAACUGUACAAACCUUGUGUUCCUUUAUUUGGAUAACAACAAUCUUGUAGGAGAAAUCCCUGUGGAGCUUGGUUCCUUACUGAAGCUCAAAGAGAUUUUUUUAAAAGAAAAUAAUUUGAUAGGAACUCUCCCACCAUCUUUAGGGAAUCUUUCGUCCCUUGAGUUUCUCGCUGCAUAUCGAAAUCAUCUGAACGGAAAUCUCCCAGAAGCUUUAGGCCAAUUAACGAGUCUAUGGUUUUUAUCAAUUUUUGCAAAUGAAUUUUCGGGUACCUUCCCUCUAUGCAUCUCCAAUCUUUCUUCUAUUAUGGAUUUGAGCAUUGCUGAAAACGACUUCCAUGGGAACAUUCCCUUGGACAUUGGAAGCUCUCUUCCAAAUCUGCGAAGAAUUGAUAUUGCUGAUAAUCAAUUCACUGGUAUCAUUCCAACUUCAUUUUCUAACUCCUCAAAUCUUGAAAGUCUUUCUUUAGCCCAAAAUUAUCUCACUGGAACAGUGCCUUCUCUUGACAAGUUGCAUAGGCUUUCAGAACUUGUGAUUGCUUACAACAAUUUAGGAAGUGGGAAAGCUGAUGACUUGAGAUUUCUUUCCACUUUAACAAACGCCACAGCUUUACAAAUCCUAGAGAUAAAUGGCAACAACUUUGGAGGCGAACUUCCUCAACACGUCGCCAACUUUUCAAAGACGCUCCAGUACUUUAUCAUAGAAAGCAAUCACAUAUCUGGAAACAUCCCAGUUGAAGUACAGGCUCUUGUUAACUUGGAGGUUUUCCAUGCACAACAAAACAAACUCUCAGGUACUAUUCCAUCUGGCAUUGGACAGCUUCAAAAUCUAAAAUUACUUUACCUUGGAAACAAUAAUUUAUUAGGACAUAUUCCAUUUUCUCUGGGAAACCUGACAAAUUUACUCGAAAUUGAUUUAUCUGACAAUUACCUUCAAGGCACCAUCCCUUCCAGUCUAAGCAAGUGCAAACAAUUGCUCGGACUAGAUUUUUCUGCAAACAAUCUUAGUGGUCCCAUACCCAUACAAAUUUUUGGACUUUCCUCUUUGUCAAAAGUUCUUUCGUUGUCUCUGAAUAAUUUGUCUGGCUCUCUUCCAAGAGAAGUAGAAAAUUUAAAAAAUCUAGGAAUCCUUAACCUUCAAGGGAACAUGUUGUCAGGGGAGAUUCCCAGUGGUCUUGGCAGUUGUAUAAGUUUAGAAUAUUUAGUCAUGGGUGCCAAUCUGUUCCAAGGGUCCAUUCCUUCUUCUUUUGGUUCAUUAAGAGAACAAGGAGUUUUCAAGAAUUCUAGUGCUACCUCUGUAGCAGGAAAUAAAAAUCUAUGUGGUGGCAUUCCUGAUUUUGGGCUACCAAUGUGCAAGUUUGAACAAUCAAAGAGGAGACCAUCUGCAAAAUUAAAGAUCAUAAUUUCUACGGUUUCUGUGGUUAUUGGUAUUGCACUUUUGAUUAUUUCUUUACUUUUUUGGGGCCAUCCAAGAAAGAGAAAAGAAGAAUCUACAUCACUAUUUGAUGGGAAUUCACAACUGAAGUUGUCCUAUCAAAGUCUUCUUAAAGCCACUAAUGGAUUCUCUUCAGAUAAUUUGAUUGGUGUUGGUAGCUUUGGAUCUGUAUAUAAAGGAAUUCUUGAUCAAGAAGGAAUGGUAAUUGCAGUUAAGGUGCUUAACCUGAUGCGUCAAGGAGCUUCAAAGAGUUUUAUUGCCGAAUGUGAAGCCUUACGAAACAUCAGGCAUCGAAAUGUAGUUAAAGUUCUCACAGCUUGUUCAGGAGUAGAUUAUCAAGGCAAUGAUUUCAAAGCAUUGGUUUAUGAUUUCAUGGCUAAUGGAAGCUUAAAAAUUUCUUACAUGCAUAUAUGUGCUGUUUCUGCAGUGUAUAUUUCUAAUUCAGCAGGUUCAGCAACAGGCUGUGCUGGGAAUGUUGCUGGUUCAGAAUUGUUGACAGCAGUUGUUGUCUUUGUUUCAGUAGCUUGGACAGGGGGUUCUGCCAUUGCUGGAUUUUCCACAGUAAUUUGGAGCUUAGUUUCUGGUGCAAUUUCAGCAGUGGCAGGCAUGGCAGUGGGUGAUUUUGUUGGUGCUGUUUCUGCAGUGUAUAUUUCUAAUUCAGCAGGUUCAGCAACAGGCUGUGCUGGGAAUGUUGCUGGUUCAGAAUUGUUGACAGCAGUUGUUGUCUUUGUUUCAGUAGCUUGGACAGCAGGUGCAGAAAAAUCUGCUGGUGUAGAAAAUUCUGCAGUAACUUGGAAUCGGGUAUCUGGUUCAGCUUCAAGUGUAGUGCCUUUGGUGGUAAAGAUGAACCGGAUUAUGCCCCCUAAGACUCUUACGCCGACCAUAGGGAGCUUGAACGUUGCUUCGAAUGUCUUCCUAAUGGGGCGAUUGGCGAGGGAGGUUACUCGACAAGUUGCCAGAAUCAUGUUUUCCAGGUCGUCCGGACGACCUCCUCCCCCUGCUCCUGCCCGGGCUCCUGUCUUUCUUUCUCCUGGGGAGGAGGAGGAGAUUCUCGUGGUGCCCCUAAUGUCUGCUCCUGACUCGAACUCAUGGAAUAGCAUGGUUUCUGAGGCUUAUUAUGAGAUACGAGAUGCCGUCUACACACAAUGCCUCGCCGGUUUUCCUCGGCUUGCUCGAGUGUAUCGUGCAUCACACUUGGGCGGCAGGAAGCCUGCCUAUGAUGGAACAGUGAGAAAUGCUUAUGGGGUUCAACUUAUUCAGUUCCCCUAUAAUAAAAAGACAGAGCUCAGUCGGCCUGUGAAGCUCAUCUUCUGA